AUGAACAUUAGGAACAAAGGCGUGCGAAAAGAGCCGAUACCGAAUAGUGUAGCAAGGGGUGGGGGUCGGCCGGGCCCAGGCGUGCGCAGCCGGCAGUGGCUGGCGGACCGUCGCGGCGGACGUACCUCCGCACAGCUCGUCGAGGGAGCCGAUCGCAGCGGAACGUGCGGUAAAGGCGAUAUAAACAAAGUGAGAGUGAUUGUGAAGGAUCUGAGCCCGGUGUUCGUGAUUGUUAAACUUAUCCUCGGUACGUUUAUCUGGAUAGAAAAAAACAAGGAUAUGCACGCC